AGACCACAACAAACAACCAAUUUUUUGGCCAUUCAGAUCAUGAAAGUAAUUGACGGAGAGAACAUAACCGUCAUGCAUUACUUGAUAUACUACAGUUCCACUCAAUCAAAACUUGAUGAUACUUGGAUUUACUACCAAGUUUUGACUUAUUUUGAAUUUGCGUGCAUAUGUUUAAGCUACCCUAUGGUAAUCUUCCUUGGCUAUCAACUUUUUCAACAUCGAGUUUUUCAUAAUAAUCUGCAAAAUUUAGUAAAGGCAGCAGUUGUAGAGUACUUGGUACAAUUGACAGCUAGAAGUAUUCAAAUUUUUUUGAUUUUCAAUUCAGCAGAGGAUGGUUUAGUGUUCUACUACGCAUCAUUAGCAAGAUGUACUUGUUAUUUCUUUGUAUCAUUCUCGUUGCCUUGUUUUGUUUUUGAACGAUGCUGUGCUUCAUACUUCCUCUCAGAUUAUGAGAAACGGAGUCGAUAUUACAUUGGCAUAUUUCUGCUUUCAGCAUCUGCUGGAAGUGGUUUCAUCCUUUCUUAUCUAUACCAUAAGUCUGAAAGUACGUUGAUAUAUCAUACAAUUGCACUCGUAUUUAAUAUGACAUUCUCAAUAAUACUAGUUAUUGUGGAAAAAUACAACUAUAAACGACUUCGGGAGAGUUCGAAUCUAAGGAAAAGCAAACGAGAAUACUCAUUGGCAGAAAGAUUUCAAAUUUCUGAAAAUAUUAGAGUUUGUGAGCUUAUGAAAACUAUUAUUAAUGUUGUUUCAAUAUUCAAUCUUUUAUCAACAGUUUCUGCAUCAUUGGACAAUUUCAACUUCUCACAAACUUUCUUGAAUGUGGCUGCUACGUUAUUCAACUUCUGUGUUCUAAUAUACGGAACAUUGGUGUUUUCUUUAUUUUAUUACCUAAUACCACAGUUUCGAUCGGCUCUCAAAGAUGUUUUCAUGAAAAUGAAAAUUCUCAAUGCAGUAGCAUCGUUUCCAGAUCUACGAAAAGAAAAACCAAUGAAAGUAGCAGUUGAAGAAACUAACACUUACUUCACACAACUUCAGCAACAAUGGACUUAAUGUUUAGAAACAUUUGAGGAUAUUCUUUGAGGAAUUUAUUGCAUUUAAGAAGAAUUGAUAUGUAAAAAAUUAAAUAUCUUUGCAUUUUUAAAUUUACGGUGGCAAAUAAAAUAAACAGCUUUU